UGAUUUUUUCCCGCAUUUUGCUUGAAACUAUGAAUUUUCAAACGUUCCAUUUACAAGUAUCAGGAAAGUGAGAUAGUGCGUCGUAUUUUAGUAUAUUAUCCCCUAAAAUGUCUUGGGUACCCUGGGCUCAAGAGCGGCACAUGUAACCUAUGACCUUCUGGAGCUUCAUGCUGCAACAGUACGAAAUCUCGCACGUUUCCCAGGGUUUGUUAUCAAAAAUUGCGUCAAGAAACCCUUCAUGUUGCAGUCUUUACUCCCCUGUCGUCAGUUUCCAGCUAGUUUGAGUAUUUGUCGUGCCCAGACGAGGUGUUUGUGGCGGCGGUUCUGUGUUUUCUCCGGUCGGCGUGGUAGUGAAGGUGGGGAGGGGGGCGGCAGACGACAGCCCAGACUGGCAGUGUUUCCUCCGGGUGGAAGACAUCUACAAAAUCAGAACAACAUGGCGGAAGAAUUGCGCCACGUCAAGAAACGAAAGAAAGGCCAGACCUUCAGCAACAAUAUCGCAAACUUCUACCUGCAGGUGAUCGGUGCAGGGUCCCGCGACACAUGUCCUGCUCUCUUUGUCUUCAGCGAUAGUAAAAGAUAUCUUUUCAACUGUGGAGAAGGGACUCAGAGAAUUAUGAUGGAACACAAGGUGAAGGUGAGCAGAAUGGAGGACAUCUUCCUAACCAGAAUGAGCUGGAACAAUGUGGGAGGUUUGGGAGGUAUGACCCUGACCCUACAGAGCAUUGGUGUACCAGAAGUGAGGGUGUAUGGACCUCCAAAUGCAGAAGAUUUCUAUCAAGCAUUAAAAGACUUCACAUACUUUCCCAAGAUAAAAGUUCGUGUGAAGCCGUACCAUCUGUCCCCCAUGUCUGAUGAUGUCAUGACUGUUUGGCAGGUGCCAAUCAGAGCUCCUGACACAUCAUCACCUGGAGCAGGUCUCAGUCCUAGGGUUGGGUCAAGGUCACCUGACCAUGAUCUCAGUCCCAAAGCUGGCAGCUCUCCUUCCCAGAGUCCAGUGGUCAGGAGAAGCAGUUGUGAUGUUUCUGACAUUGACUCAGAAUCCGAUGAUUCCAGUAGAUCAACCAGCCCUAGAAAUUCACCUAAGUCCAAGAGAAGAAAAACAUCUCAGAGGGAUGAAUCCCUUGUUAUAAGCUAUAUUUGUAAGUUGAAGCCCAAAAAAGGCAGGUUUUUAACAGAAAAAGCCUUGAUGGAUGGAAUCAAACCGGGUGUGUGGGUUGGUGAGUUGAAGAAAGGUAACCAGGCCACCUUACCUGAUGGGAGAGUCAUCGACCCAACACCAUAUGUAGAGCCUGAUACACCAGGUCCUGUCUUCAUUGUGGUGGAAUGUCCAGGUGAGGACUUCAUUGAACCAGUCACAACUAACAGCCAGAUUGCAAAGUAUCAGGAGGAUGGGGAAGAAGAACUACCAGCUAUUGUUGUCCACUUUACUCCAGCAGGAGUAGCCAAGGACACACGCUACCAGGACUGGAUCACAAGAUUUGGACCAGACACAGAACACUUGUUCCUGAAUGAAGACACCCAGACGACAUCUCACGAGGGUACAGCCUCUCUCCAGGCCUGUCUCAACAUUAUACAGCCUACUGUUUUUCCCCUGCUAGCAGACAACACUAUCAAGCCAGGAAGUCUGCCGCCUCUGCCACACAAACAUGUCCGAGGGGAGUGUCUGUUAACAUACUGGCUGUUCCACAGGGACCAGCCUCUACAAUGGGACAGAUCCUCCAUUCCAUUGCUGGACAAUGAAGAGGCUGUAAAGGGGGCUUUUGCUUUGCCUGGAUUUGAGGACAGCCUUAAGGAGAUGAAGGAGACAAUUGCAACAGCAUUUUCCAGUGAUACAGCAGUCUCCCCUUCCUACCCAGAAGUGGUGUUCUUUGGUACAGGGUCGUCCAUCCCCAGUAAGAGGAGAAAUGUCACAGGAAUCCUGGUCCAUCUCAGUGAGACAGAGUCUCUGUUGUUGGAUGGUGGGGAGGGCACGUUUGGACAGAUGUACCGGCACUAUGGUGAUGAUGUGGACAGGGUGCUGGCUAACAUCAAAUGUGUCUUCAUCUCACACAUCCAUGCUGACCAUCACUUGGGACUGAUGAAAAUAUUUCAAGAGAGAAGAAGAGCACUGAAAACCCUUGGAGAGCCCCAGCAGCCCAUGUACCUGAUAGCCCCCCUCCCGUUCAUGUCAUGGAUCAACCACUACAGACUCAACUGUGAGAACAUCGGCAUGGACAACAAGGACUUCAUCUUACUUCUUUCUAAAGACCUGUCUGUGUUUUCAAACGAAGAACAGAACCAAGAAUUUAACAGCCUAAAGGAGAACCUUGGCUUCAAGCAGCUCCAGGUUGUACCAGUCCUCCAUGUCUCCCGUUCUUACGGCCUGGUUGUGACCCACAAUGAUGGCUGGAAGUUGGUGUAUUCUGGAGACUCCAUGCCUUGUGAUGCCCUCAUCAUGGCAGGUAAAGAUGCCACACUACUGAUACAUGAGGCUACGUUUGAUGAUGAACUCCACCAAGAAGCAAAACGGAAGAGACACAGCACCAUUACCCAGGCCGUGGAUGUUGGUAUUGAAAUGAACGCUGGCUUCAACCUGCUGACACACUUCAGUCAGCGCUAUCCCAAGAUCCCCCUCAUGGACAACGGAGGAGAGAAAGUGGGCAUCGCGUUCGACCACAUGAAGGUGCGUCUGGGUGACCUGAAGCUCCUGCCUCACCUGAGCACACCUCUACAGGCUCUGUUCCAGGAGGAGCUACAGGAGAUGAGAGUCAAACAGAAACGCCACAAACGGAACAGACUUGGGGGUCUCAUCGACUAAAACUCACCAAAUAUAGCAGAUAGAAAAUAAGUUAUAAAUAUGUUCAAGAAGAUAAAGAUAUACAUUUUUGUACCAUUGCUAACUAACCACUAAUAGUUGGAUUAAGAAAAUUUGUACAAGAAAAGGCAUGCUUAAUAGAUAUAGGAACAGGACUGUCUCUCAAAGUCUGUUUAUCCUCUAGGCUGUAAAUUAUGUAAAUAAAACUGACAGUUUUGAAAGUUUAUCUGUGUUGGUAGAAGUUAUCAUGAAGCAAGUUUAAUCUAUAAUUUCCAACACAAGAAAUUGGACUAAAUUUUGCACUGUACAACUCCAGUCUUUGUUUCAAGGAAUGAAAAAUCCACCGCAUCUGGUAUGUCACGUUACUACAGAUGACAACAUGUGACUUUAUCAGUGGAUCAUAGGUUGCAGAAAGUCUGUG